AGAAUGUUAAGGCUGAAAGAAGACUGGAUGACCACCUAAAAUGCAUGAAAGGAUAUCGUACAGGUAGUGCUAAAUUAUCAUCCAUUUUCCUUAAGAAAACAAUGGAUCACUCAGGAACCACUAAAAAUACAGUUCAAUUAAACAGAGAAAUACAGGGCGUCUUGAGCUGGCAUGUGAGCCAAGUUCUAUACUGCAGGGCAAAUCCAAAGCUCUUCCUUUAAAAGGCUCCUGCUAGGCAACAUGCCUGCACACUAGUGCAGAAAGAGACUGUGCUGUUCAAAGCGGCAAAGGAGGUAGCACAGGCAAGUCAACAUCUGGCCCUGCUCCUGUGUGUGGCAAAGAACACGAGAGCAAAUUACUUCUGCUGCUCCUUGAAGACUGUGGCAGUGUCACCUAGACGGUGUAAAGGAAACAAGAGACAGAGCAGAGCCCCUCGCCUUCCUUCUGGGCAUAACUACCAUCUGGAAAAACAGAUUCUCUGCUUCUGGGAAACAAAGAGUUAUCAGAACAACUGAAAAUGACCAGGAAGAGGACAUACUGGGUCCCCAACUCUUCUGGUGGCCUUGUGAAUCUCGGCAUGGAUGUAGGCGAUGACAGGGUUUCGGGACUUAGCUAUAAAACGUACACUGUCAAAGACAGCCCCUGGCCUGCGCCGGAGGGGAAGCCUGAGGCGGCGCCGCGGGCGGACGCACUCUCCCGGGGGAAGUAUGCCGCUGCCUGGAGGACCAUGGUCCCCUUCCGUCGGAAGCCCAGGUUUCCUGCCCCUAACCCUGUGGACAACGCUGGCCUGUUCUCCUACCUCACAGUGUCAUGGCUCACCCCACUCAUGAUCCAAGGCUUACGGAAUCGCCUAGAUGAGAAGACCGUCCCUUUGCUGUCAGUUCAUGAUGCCUCAGCCAAAAAUGUCCAAAGGCUUCGCCGCCUUUGGGAAGAAGAAGUCUCAAGGCGUGGGAUUGAAAAGGCGUCAGUGUUUCGAGUGAUGCUGAGGUUCCAGAGAACAAGGAUUAUUUUCAAUCUGCUUGGGAGCUGUUGCUUGUCGAUCAUGAGUGUACUGGGACCAGCGCUGAUUAUACCAAAGAUCCUAGACUACUCCGAAGAGCAGUCAGGGGACGUCACCCGUGGAGUGGGACUGUGCCUUGCCCUUUUUCUCUCUGAGUGUCUGAAGUCUGUGAGUCUUUGCUCGAGUUGGAUCAUCAACCAGCGCACGGGCAUAAGGUUUCGUGGGGCCAUUUCCGCCUUUGCCUUUGAGAAGCUCAUACAAUUUAAGUCUCUAACACACAUCACCUCGGGAGAGGCCAUCAACUUCUUCACCAGCGACCUCAACUACCUGUUUGAGGGGGUGUACUACGGCCCCCUGGUGCUGCUCGCCGCGGCGUCCCUGAUCGUCUGCACUGUUUCCGCCUGCCUCGUUCUCGGGCCCACUGCGCUCGUCGCCACUCUCUGCUACCUCCUGAUCUUCCCGCUGGAGGUGCUCAUGACCAAAGCGGCCCUGAAGACGCAGCACCACGGGUCUGAGGUCAGCGACCAGCGCAUCCGUGUGACCAGUGAGCUUCUCACUUGCAUCAAGCUGAUUAAAAUGUACACCUGGGAGAAACCAUUUGCAAAGAUAAUUGAAGACCUGAGGAGGAAGGAAAAGAAACUACUGGAGAGGAGCGGGUUGCUCCAGAGCCUGACCACGGCCACCUUGUUCAUCGCCCCGACUGUGGCCUCAGCACUCAUGAUCCUCAUCCACGUGUCCCUAGGGAGGAAACUCACAGCUUCAAUAGCCUUCACUGCAGUGGCAACCUUGAAUCCCCUUCGGCUGGCUGUGUUCUAUGGGCCCUUUGCAAUCAAAGGCCUCACGAAUUCCAAGUCUGCGGUGGAGAGGUUCAAGAAAUUUUUCCUCCAGGAGAAUCCUGUUUCCUAUGUCCAGGAAUUGCAAGACCCUAGUAAAGCUCUGGUUUUGGAGGAUGCCACCUUGUCAUGGCGACAGACCUGCCCUGGGAUUGUCAAUGGGGCAUUGGAGCUGGAGAACAGGCACGCUUCUGAGGGGACGGCCAGGGCUCAGCCGCCUCUAGAUGCCCUCAGGCCAGAGGACAAAGAGCACAGCCUGGGCCCAGCAUUGCACAAGAUCAACCUGGCGGUGUCAAAGGGAACGAUGUUAGGGAUCUGUGGCAACACGGGGAGUGGCAAGAGCAGCCUGUUGUCGGCCAUCCUGGGAGAGAUGCACUUGCUCGAGGGCUCGGUUGGGGUGCACGGAAGCCUGGCCUAUGUCCCCCAGCAGGCCUGGAUCAUCAGGGGUACUGUCCGGGACAACAUCCUCCUGGGAGGCCAGUAUGACAAGGCCCGGUACCUCCAGGUCCUCCACUGCUGUUCCCUGAAUCGGGACCUGGAACUUCUUCCCUUUGGAGACAUGACGGAGAUCGGGGAGCGGGGCCUCAACCUCUCUGGGGGGCAGAGGCAGAGGAUCAGCCUGGCCCGCGCUGCCUACUCUGACUGUCAGCUCUACCUGCUGGACGACCCCCUCUCAGCCGUGGACGUCCACGUGGGGAAGCACAUCUUUGAGGAGUGCAUUAAGAAGAUGCUCAAGGACAAGACCAUUGUCCUGGUGACCCACCAGCUGCAGUACUUAGAGUUUUGUGACCAGAUCAUUUUGCUAGAAGAUGGGAAAAUCUGUGAGAAUGGAGCUCACAGCGAGCUAAUGCAGAACAGGGGGCGGUAUGCCCGCCUCAUCCAGAAGAUGCAGCCAGAGGAAGCGAAGCAGGACAAGUCACGGGACACAGCCAAGACAGCGGAGAAGCCACACGCAGAAGGCUGGGCUCAGGCCACCUCCCAGGAAGAGGGUCUCAGGGAAGAGGCUGUGCCAGAGCAUCAGCUCACAGAAAAGGAGGAGAUGGAAGAAGGUUCCCUGAGCUGGACCGUCUACCACUACUACAUCCAGGCGGCCGGAGGGUACGUGGUGGCUUUCGUGGCGUUCCUUCUCAUGGUUCUGAUCGCUUCCCUCACGGCCUUCAACUUCUGGUGGCUGAGCUAUUGGUUGCAGCAGGGCUCUGGGACCAACAGCAGCCGAGAGAGCAAUGGGACCACUGCAGAGCUAGGUGACAUUGGGGACAAUCCCCAGCUACCUUUUUACCAGCUGGUGUACGGCCUCAGCCUCCUGCUCCUGGUCUGCGUGAGCAUCUUCUCCUCAGGGACUUUCACCAAGAUCACAAGAAAGGCAUCCACGGCCUUGCACAGCAAGCUCUUGAACAAGGUUUUCCGCUGCCCCAUGAGUUUCUUUGACACGACCCCAACGGGCCGACUCUUGAAUUGCUUUGCGGGGGACUUGGAUGAGGUGGACCAGGUCUUGCCCAUCGUUGCUGAGGAGUUCCUGCUGCUGUUUCUGGUGGUAGUCGCCAUCUUGCUGAUUGUUGUUUUGCUGUCUCCGUAUAUCCUGCUGAUGGUGGCCAUCGUCAUCGUGGUUUGCCUCGUGUACUAUAUGAUGUUCAGGAAAGCCAUCAACCUGUUCAAGAGGCUGGAGAACUACAGCCGGUCUCCUUUAUUCUCCCACAUCCUGACCUCUCUCCGUGGCCUGAGCUCCAUCCACGUCUAUGGGAAAUCUGAAGCCUUCAUCAGCCAGUUUAAGCGGCUGACUGAUGUGCAGAAUAACUACCUGCUACUGUUUCUGUCCUCCACGCGCUGGGUGGCAUUGCGGCUGGAGACCAUGAUCAACCUGGUGACCUUGGCUGUGGCCUUGUUCUUGGCUUUCGGCACCUCCCCCAGCUCCUACAAAGCCAUGGCUAUCAGUGUGGUGCUGCAGCUGGCGUCCAACUUCCAGGCGGCUGCACGGCUCGGCUCGGAGACAGGGGCGCACUUCACGGCGGUGGAGAGGAUGCUGCGAUACAUGAAGAUCAGGGAGGCGUCACAGAUCGGAGACAUGAGGAGCCUCAUGGAAUGCAUCUGCUGAAGCUUCCAGAGCCCUCCCAAAGGAGGCCGCCCUUGAUAUGCAAACUAACGAGUUCACAUAUUCCUCCAGGGCAAACCCUGCCCAAACUCCUGAAAUCAAUUCUGUCUUUAGUAUAUAGCAAUAUUGGAUGAUAGGAUAAAAUAAAAACCUUAUGACAUGCGGGCAGCCACAUGUCAUUAAUUCCUCAAUCAUCUUUCCUCAAUAGCAUUAUUAUUGUGUCUAUUUAUGCCAUAGCAUUAAUAGUUAAGAGCACAAAUUCUGUAGCCAGAUUGCCUGGGUUCAAUUCCAAGCUCUGACAUUUGAAACAUCUGAAUAACCCUGGGCAGUUUAUUCAAACUCUCUGUUUCCCAUUCUGAAAUGGGAAAGAUAACAGUAUUUAGUUUAUUGGAUUAUUACAAAGAUGAAACAGUAUAACAUAUAGUGCAAUUAGCACAGUGCCUGGACCAGUGAAAUAACGUUAUUGAAUGUUAUUGAUUCUUAUAGUUGAGAUUUUAUGGGCCAGGCACUGUGCUAAGCCCUUUGAAUAGAUUGUCUCACAGAGUCAAACAAUUUUAUUAGGACAGUGGAAUGAUUACAUUUUCCAGACAAGCAAACUGAGGCUUGGCCAGGCUGAACAUCUUGCUGAAGGUCACACUCCCUCCACUACCAGGUCCCCUGGCUCCUCACGUGAGUGGAAGUUCUGAAUUGUAGGGCUCUGAUUUCAUGCCAAGAGAUGCUGCUGUAAUGCUGCCCUGGCAGCGGAGAGCUGUGACUUGCAGCUGGUGACCCUACUUCUCCAGUGAUCUUUCCUCUUAACACAUCCAGCUAUGCAGUGCACGCUGCACAGUGCUGGGUUUGGCUUGGCUUUUGGCAGAUCUGGGUUUGCAUCCCAGUUCGUCCACUCAUACACUGUGUGAUCUUAAACAAGUUGUUUAACCUGUUGGAGCCGUUCUUUCCUUGCCUGGAAAAUGCACCUAAAAAGGCUCACCUCACAGGAUGAGGAUAGAGAAAGAGAAAGUCGCACAAGGGCUCUGAGCUACAAAACACACCCUGCAGGGAUUAGUUAUCUCUGGUGGCUUUUUGUCAUUAUUGUGGAUUGUAUUUUGUUAGAGCCUCACACGAUAAAUGAGAAAAAGUGCUCUAAGUUAAUAAUAACAAGGGGGCUGGCUAUGUGGGUUUCUCACUCUUCUGGGGACAAAGUGCGUGUGUUUCAGGUGAGUGUGAGGGGCGUGGGGGGAUGUUCCUCUUGGGGUUUUCUUCUGAUCACACAGCUGGUGGCUUGACCGUGGUGCAGGGCAGGUUGGGGCGGUCACAUACCCAAUAGCUGGAGGCCAGCAGGCCCACAGGUGAUGGACAGAGACUGCUGGUAACGGCUGAUGUCUUUUUCUUUCUUUAAAAACAAGAUGUGUGUCUCAGAGGCUUCUUUGCACAUAGAAGGCAUGAGCUGUCCCCACAGUUGGCCACAGCGUGGGGAAAUCACGUUCCAGGAUUAUCAGA